CAAUACCAAGAGUCCCUCUCCUGGACUUCUGAUCCGCUCUCUUCGGACCCUUUUGCUGUUCGGACAGGAGACAAUCCAAAGAUAUCUGACAUUCCCUACAGGUACCCCGUCCUUCAUCUCUUAGAUAGUGACCACCACUCGCUCUCUGUCGCUCCAUUGGUACUACUCUGCGAUUGGUCGUCAAACGGAGCUCCCACGCCCAGCAAAAGCAGUCCAAAGCAUAUAUGGCUGCGCCAACCUACAGUCAUCACAGUUCGCAUCCGCAGACCUUCCAUGGAUCAGCGAUAGCCGCUGCUCCAAACAUUCCAGCUGGUACAUUUCUGCCGGGAACACUGAUUACAGUUGGCUCUCACAAAUGCACAAUAGAUCGCUAUCUAUCUGAAGGCUAGUCUUGCUUUUUCUAUCUCAACCUCCGGGAGCAACAUCCCCCCUCACCCAGCUCUUCUUCCUCUUCUUCCUCUUCUCUCCCUUCACUGACCUUUCAACUGGAUCACCAGGCGGGUUUGCCCAUGUAUAUCUCGUUCGACUUUCGAGGCCGGUGGAUGGAUUGGAUGUGGCUGUUUUGAAGCGGGUUGCUGUCCCCGAUAAGGAGGCUCUUGCCAGUAUGAGGACUGAGGUGGAGACAAUGGUUCGUUUCGGAGCUUUGGUUUUUCUCCGGGUAUAAUAUGUCUUAAACUUGGAUUGUUAGAAACGGUUAAAAGGUCAUCGGCACAUUGUUACCUACAUCGACUCGCACGCUUCGCAUUUGAAAGGCGGAGGAUAUGAGGUGUUUUUAUUGAUGGAGUAUUGUGCUGGUAUGGGCCAAUGCCCAGUUUUUGUGAGGGGAGGACGGGGUUGCUGACUGAUUUCUGCACAGGAGGGGGGUUGAUUGAUUUCAUGAACACUCGAUUGCAGAAUCGGCUCACGGAACCCGAGGUCCUCAAGAUUUUCGACGACGUGGCAGAGGGCGUUGCUUGUAUGCAUUACCUCCAACCCCCACUCCUCCAUCGGGACUUGAAGGUCGAGAAUGUUUUGAUAGCUUCGCAUCGGGGGUAUAAGCUAUGCGAUUUUGGAUCUUGCGCACCCGUCCGAACGGCUCCGAAAUCGGUUGCGGAAUGCCGAUUGAUGGAGGAGGAUAUUCAGAAGCAUACCACUCUCCAGUACCGAUCUCCGGAGAUGGUCGAUGUAUAUCGGAAGUUACCGAUUGACGAGAAGUCGGAUAUAUGGGCACUUGGCGUUCUUUUGUACAAGCUCUGCUACUACACGACGCCAUUCGAAGACCAAGGGCAGUUGGCAAUUCUAAACGCUUCUUUCAAGUUUCCUUCGUACCCUCCUUUCUCAGACCGUAUUAAGAAACUUAUUGGUUAGUCUGUAGUUCUUAUCUAAUCGCCCUAAACUAAUGAGUCUAGGGUCAAUGCUACGCGAAUCGCCUCAGCUAAGACCCAAUAUAUAUCAGGUUGUCCGGGAGGUGUGCUUAAUGCGUGGAAAGGAAAUACCAAUUAAAGAUGUUAGCUCCCCGGACCACUACAAAUGAUUUUAAUGCUAACUAGCCCCUAGAUCUAUUCCGACCGUGUAGGGCAGAAAGUUAAGCCAGCCGAGAAGCCAGCUCUCCCGGUUCAACCACCCCCCAGCAUUGUCGCGUAUCAGGCACCUCUUCCACCGCAGAGUCAAGCCAUUCCCGAUAUAAUUCCCAUGAGACGCGGGAGACCGGCUAAAAGCUCGGCCGUGCAUUCAGCCGCUACCUCCAGGACUAGGGCAGCAGAUCCAUCGCCACAGAUGAAGCCGGUAUCUACGGACCCAUUUUCCGCCCUGGAUUCGGGUUCACCGAAAGCUAAACAGGACGAGCUCUCGAAUCGGUUCCCUAGUGUUGAGCAGUUCUCUUUGCUACAUGACUAUGGAAGUAAAUUUGAAUUUAGUGAAUUGUCACCCCCGGCACUGGAAGCCCCGAAAAAGGAUCUUAAUACUAGAUUGACAGAGAGGUUGGCAGAUGAUGCUUUUGCGCCUACGACUCAGCCUUCUCCGCCAAAGUUGACGAGCACGAGGUUUCCGGAAAGCGUGUCACGGGGUAUCACCGGGAGCGGGAUAUCGGGGUGGCCCACUCUUUCGGAGCCUCAGCCUACUCGGCCUCCCAUGAUUUCUACCGGCACAAUGACUUCUCCAGCAUCUUCUAGGUCACCAUCUCCGGUAGGGCCUACUGGUGGGUCGUUGGAACAGGGUUCGCAAGCCUUACCUGCAAUGUCUCGCCUUAAACCACGAAGGCCAUCCGUGCUCGAUAUAGGUCGUUCCGCAGCACACACGCAUACAGUGACUGUGUCCAGAACCCCUAGUUCCUCGAGACCAUCUCUUGAGAUCCACCGUCCAGCAUCUGCCCUUGAUGUUGCUAAUCCGAAUGCCAUGAAUCGCUCUGCGUCCGCAAACUCCAAACCGCGACCGACUAGUGUUUACAUCGAAUCUAAUUUGGAGUUCCUCCGAGAUCUGGAUUCUGCCACUACCCAGGCUAGUAUGGGACCGCCAACUAGUAUCUCUGUACAGCGGAGUAUAACUGGGCAAUCCAUAAAUUCUCAGCGUUCCGAGCAUAUCGAAUCUAAUGUGGAUUACCUCCGGGUAAUGGAGACUGAAUCUGACGCGAAGCCGGAAAAGCGCAGCUCGAGCGGAGGAUUUGUUGGGAAACAUGUCAAACGUGCUAGCAUGCCUUCAAUAUCACUCCCGAAUACCAAGAACCUCCUGGCUGGUAAAUUUGGUGACGCGUUCCGGAGAUUUGAGCGUAAUAACACCGGCAGUGCAAGCGGAGGGGAUCGUCAUGACAGAGAUCGCACCCCAAGCCCCGACAUGGACCGAGCGUUAAUGCCGACCAUCAGCGGGAGCCAGGAAACUUCGGAGAUUGGGGAUGAUUGGGAGGUUAGCAGUCAAGAUGUGCCACCAGAGAUGAAAAGGGAGUUGGAGAAACGCCGGCUGUCGCAAGAAGAGAGGAGAGUCGCCGCUGCCGCGGCGGAAUACAAGCGGCAGGUGGCUGAUCGAGUUCCGGGUGAAGGGAGCUCCGGGAGACCCCCGAGCUCAAGAAGCAGAGCAAAUUCGAUCCAGAACAAGGUUAAAGCGCUCCUCAGUGAAAAUCACCGUGCUCCUGUCCCCAAAACGGCGGAGGGCUAUGGCCGAUUCACUGACGCUCAGCAGCACCAGCAAGGGUAUCCUGUUGACCAGGCCGGGGGCCGGGUGAGGGUUUCCGAGAAACCGAAGGUGGAUGGACAGAUUCGAACUAAGCAGUAUUAUAGAGAUGGCGGAAACAACGCCUAUCGGCCGGGUACUUCUGAUAAUACACCGAUCAAAGAGUCCGUCAUAGAGAUCAGACCUGUCUCUAGCUCCUCUGGCGGUAACAAGCUCUCCCGGAAGCCCGUCCCUCUGUCGUCCAAUACCGCCUCGUCCGUAUUAUCAACUUCCCCAACCUCAGCAAACCGCCCGGACCCACCUCCGAAACCGACCAAACUCCGCGGUAGCUCACCGGUCCUGCCACCACCAGCCUCCCAGCAACAGCAACAGAGAAAUAGCGGGGGGGAUAUGAACGGCAACGAUGGAGCAGACGAAGAUUGGCAGAGAAACUUUGCAAAGAGAUACCCCAGCCUGUCUGGUCUGGAACUUGUUGAGACGGUGGUGGGGCCUGGGCGGAAAGUCUAGCUCGAUGUUGGGUUGGGUGCGAUAGUGUAAUAUUAUAUUCCCUUUUCUCUCACUCUCACUCUCACACGCGCGCUAUGAUGCGGUUAUGGGGAUGGGUGAGAGAAGGAAGAGGGAAAUUCAAGCCUUUAUCUGUAUAACGUUUGUGGGGGGGUUUUUUUUUGCCUUGUAGCUGUUUGUUUUCGUCCCCCUUUUUUCCUAUUGAGCCCAUAUUUAUCUUUAUUAUCAUUGCCGUUGCCACGCACUCCGCCAGCCCGACCGAAAAUGAUAUCCUGGGAGGUAUUAUUCUCGUAUGAUAUUUCCUUUUAUUUCCUUUUUGCUUGUUUUUAUAUAUUUCCCUUUUCUCUUCAUUCGUAGCACGGGUUUGUUUGUCAGUCUGUUCAUCAGCAAUCAUGGGAUUGCUUUCUCCCGUUCCCGGUCCGUUUACACUUUUCACUUCACCUACCUAGAUAAACCCACCCGUGGUCAUGUAUGCUUUAUGCCGGUUUUGUGUGAUUAUUCGCUAUAGAUAUUUGGCUAUUCUGUUUACUUUCCCUUUUCCUUCCUUCGUUAUAUCAUCUGAAUGAACGUUUUAUGUCAUACUGUUAUGUUAGCGAGGGGUAUGAUAUGAUAAUGUGAUUGGAUUUUUUCUUCCCGG